AUGGGGGACCCUAUGGCACAGUCUCGGAGAUAUGAUUCCAGGACCACGAUAUUUUCUCCGGAAGGUCGUUUGUACCAAGUUGAAUAUGCCAUGGAAGCUAUUGGACACGCAGGCACCUGUCUGGGGAUUUUAGCAAACGAUGGUGUUUUGCUUGCAGCAGAGAGACGCAACAUUCACAAGCUUCUUGAUGAAGUCUUCUUUUCCGAAAAGAUUUAUAAACUUAAUGAGGACAUGGCUUGCAGUGUGGCAGGCAUAACUUCUGAUGCUAAUGUUUUAACUAAUGAACUGAGGCUCAUUGCUCAAAGGUAUUUACUACAAUACCAGGAGCCAAUUCCUUGUGAGCAGUUGGUUACAGCACUGUGUGAUAUCAAGCAAGCUUAUACACAGUUUGGAGGAAAACGACCUUUUGGUGUUUCCUUGCUCUACAUUGGCUGGGAUAAGCACUACGGCUUUCAGCUCUAUCAGAGUGAUCCUAGUGGAAAUUAUGGAGGAUGGAAAGCCACAUGCAUUGGAAAUAAUAGCGCUGCAGCUGUAUCUAUGUUAAAGCAAGACUACAAAGAAGGAGAAAUGACUUUGAACUCAGCACUUGCUUUAGCUAUAAAAGUCCUAAAUAAGACUAUGGAUGUUAGUAAAUUAUCUGCUGAAAAAGUGGAAAUUGCCACAUUGACAAGAGAAAAUGGAAAGACUGUCAUCAGAGUUCUCAAACAAAAGGAAGUGGAACAGUUGAUCAAAAAACACGAGGAAGAAGAAGCUAAAGCUGAGCGAGAGAAGAAAGAAAAAGAACAGAAAGAAAAGGAUAAAUAGAAGCACAAAGUCAGGAUUUUGUAACUCACUAGGAUACCAUUUCAGAGUAAAAGCUGUCCUACACGUCCUCAUUAAGAAAGCUUUGACUUCUUUUUUAAAACUUGUAUAAUGGGGAAAUAGGACAUUACAAACUGAAUUGGGUCCUUGUUAUUUCUGUCAAGUUGAAUAUUGUGUUGAUUACUCUUGAUGGACAUCUUAAUGCUCCCCUUCCCCUUUUUUUGAAUAAAACUUGGAAAGAAUGGAAA